AGCUCCAUCGAAAGGGCUGAGCGAGUGUAGCAGAGCGAAAAGGCUUUUUUCGGGGCAAGCAGCCGACUGGCCACUUCGCUUGGAUGGAGCUCAGCAUGUUUACCGCCGGUCGCGUUACAUUUUCAACCUAAUUUUUUUUUUAAUGUUUCGUUUGCAAACAUUAUACGACACACCAGCGCUAGCUUUAGCCCGCUGCGCUCUGCUCUGUCUCGGCUAAGCUGCAUGAUUUCUGUUGUGUUGCUGGCUAGUUUUGGCUACAAUGCUAGUUCGCUAGUUAGCUAAUUUGCUAAAAAAAAAAAAAAAAAAAAAGCUAGAAAAGCUAGAAAAGGCGCUUAGAGAAGUGAGAUUUGUUCGUUAGCGAACUCUGAAUACACAGAAAACUCAGCGGUACUGCGUGAUUUUAUCGUAUUUAGUUUUUAUUUUGUUUUUUUCCACUAUUGUAGAUAUAUGUAUUUUUCUUUUAAACGCUUCGUAACCGUUGCGCGUUUUCAGAAAGUGAACGCUGCUUCAUUAUUCGCCGUUUUCCCCCCCAAACACAGAUUUUUCAUUUCUUAACCGUCUUUGUUUAUUUUUUAUUUUUUAUUAUUUUUUUUUAUAUAUAUAUAUAUAGGUAGCGACAGAAUCUAAACGCUGCACUGUUUAACUUUUUUUUUUAACCUUGUCGCGUUUUACUAAUAAUUUAAAAAAACGACAACGAAUGAUGCUGCGUUCACUGUCUGGACUACUUAACAGUGUCGCUGAGUGUUUAUUAAUUCCUUUUGUUUGUUUAGUUUAACGCUUUGCCUGUUUUUUUGGAAACGUUUCCAACACUCGGUUUACGUAGUUCGAACCAAAACAAACAAAAACAACAAAACUUACUGUUUUUAAACGGUAUUAAAGGUGAAUACGUGCUUUGUUUUUUGCGCAGCCGCGGUACAUGAUCUCAGACUCGGGACACUUAACUACAUCCUAAAGCUCCCUUCGUGUAUUUACCACUAAAUAACAAUUUGGGAGCUUGUUUUUUUUUUUGUGUUGUUGUUGUAAAUCUUAAAUCAUGGAUGAUCAUCAGACCCGCAUGCUGUCGGGACUAACCGGGCUCGGAGGACUGGGUCAGGGCGACCCGAAUGACCCGGAUCCGGUCCGGAAGCAGCAGGACAUCGGGGACAUCCUGCAGCAGAUCAUGGCCAUCACUGAUGAGAGCCUGGAUGAGGCCCAAGCCAGAUGCUGGCCAGAGGAGGGACGAGGCGACCCCACACAGACAGGGGGAGCCGGGGGGAGCGCGCAGGCAGGGGGGGAAUGCACCCUGCCGCUCGACUUCCAACACAGAAAACACGCGUUGAACUGCCACAGAAUGAAGCCGGCUCUCUUCAGCGUGCUGUGUGAGAUCAAAGAGAAGACGGUGUUGAGCAUCCGUGGCGUACAGGAGGAGGAUCCCCCCGACCCCCAGAUCAUGCGUCUGGAUAACAUGCUGCUGGCCGAGGGAGUUUCCGGUCCAGAGAAAGGCGGCGGGUCUGCUGCGGCGGCAGCAGCCGCAGCGGCCGGAGGAUCACCGAACGAUGGCAGCGUGGAGCACUCGGACUACAGAGCCAAAUUGGCUCAGAUCCGCCAGAUCUACCACUCCGAGCUGGAGAAAUACGAACAGGCCUGCAGUGAAUUCACUAACCACGUGAUGAACCUGCUGAGAGAGCAGUCACGCACGCGGCCCAUCUCACCCAAAGAGAUCGAGCGCAUGGUGGCCAUUAUUCACCGCAAGUUCAGCUCCAUCCAGAUGCAGCUCAAGCAGAGCACCUGCGAGGCCGUCAUGAUCCUCCGCUCCCGCUUCCUUGACGCCAGACGCAAGAGGCGCAACUUCAACAAGCAGGCGACGGAGGUGCUGAACGAGUAUUUUUACUCACACCUGUCCAACCCGUACCCCAGCGAGGAAGCCAAGGAGGAGCUGGCGAAGAAGUGCGGCAUCACCGUGUCUCAGGUCUCUAACUGGUUCGGCAACAAGAGAAUUCGGUACAAGAAAAAUAUCGGCAAGUUUCAAGAGGAAGCGAACCUGUACGCAGUAAAAACAGCUGUGGACGCAGCUAACGUUUCUGCACAGGCCAGCCAGGCAAACUCCCCCGCCACACCUAACUCAGGUGGAUACCCAGCGCCCUGCUACACACCUGACGGCCGGCUAUGAGGAGCGGUCAGGAAGUGCCCUUUACACCCCACACUGCCUAGACGCCAACAGCAGCUGGCAGGAAAACCCUAACACUCCUUCACCCGCACAUCCCAGCAGCAUCCAGUCACAAACCUCCAACUGAGAGAGACGCACACACACACACACACACGCACACACACACAGACAAACACACACUAGACCUCAGCGCUUCCACCAGUCCAACUCUGCUUCCUCCUCGGACUCGCCUUUUGUUUUGCAAGAUCUCAGCUACAACAUCUGUAACGAGCCCCCCACACCCAACACACACACACACGCACACACUCACUCACCCUCCCUCACACACUCCCUCACACACUUUCAAGUUCGGACUUCAUUGGACAGUCGUACAGGAGCUUCGCUCAGGAAGGAAACACAGGAAAAGGAAAAAGAAAGGUCACAUGUCAGAGCAUUCUGCUCUGUGCUGGAGUGCGUGUGUGUGUGUGUGUGUGUGUGUGCGUGUGCACAUUUACUAAGCCAGCUACACUGAAGACCACAGGAUCUCCGUCCUGCCUGCUUUGAACCAAAGCGCUGUCGAGGGUCACGCGUUUGUCCGUUAGAGAACGUCCUCAGACAGCAGCAGCACGUUGUCAACACCAUGCAGAUUGUCCUCCGUCUCUGUCUCCAGUCUCUUCCCGAGGCCGUGCACUCCACAGCUGCCAACUCCACAUCCUGACUAAGGUCAUCAGUUCCUAAGGAGAACGCUCACUAACCGCUAGCCGUCUUCCUGCGUUUCUGAAAAUACUAAAUAUAUAGAAAUAUCUAUGAAAACAGCGAAGCACAACUGUUCAGUCUCGUGACUUUUUGUUUUGUUUUGUUUGUUUUUUGCUUUUUUUUUUUUUUUACUCCCGGAUGAACGGAGGAGAAGGUGGAGAGGAGGUUGCAGGUCUGUACUGGAGCGACGGGACAGCGGUUUUAAUCACGAACCCGCAGGCUAGAUUGCUCACCGGCCUUUUGUCUACUAGCUUUUUCCCCCCUGUUUUUAUUUUCUCUCUCCGUUUUAAUAGCGUAGCGGCUUUUAAUAGCUUCCUUCCUCACAGCGUAGAGUUGAGUAGAACUGAUAGCUUUCCAGCCUGUGAGAAGAGAAGAGCUGUGGCUUGAGCUUUGUGCCACCGAACAUUUCCCUUUUUUUUUUUUCUUCUUUUUUUCUUUUUAUCUUAAACAAUCAGAAAACCAGUCUUCCAUCCUUGCAUGUUAACUCUUGGAGACUAAUACCCUCGUGUAGCUCGUCAAUUGUGUGUUUUUUUUGUUUUUGUUUUGUUUUAUUGUUUCCUUCCAACGAGCAAGUCAACACCGCAGAAUGUAACGGAACGACAGACCAAAAAAAAAAAACAACAAAAAACCCACCACGUUUUGGAGGAGCGUCAGUUUUUUACAUCAGCCUUCGACUUGAACCAGAGCCGACCGCGUACCUCUGAACCAAAAAGGAAAAACAAACAAACCGAAAGGUAAAAAUAGAUUGAAUUGAAAUCAACCUGUAGGAGGAUGUAAAAAAAAAAACCCACCAGGAGGAAGUGGGCUUCGAGUCGACGCUUUUGUACGAUGUUAUCCUUUUCUUUUCUUUUGUCUUGUUACGAUUUUUAUCUGAUUGUAUCUUUCUCUAUAUGCGACGGAAAGCAUCCAUACUGUGAUACUAGCAUGCCACAUCGUCCCGUUUAGUAAAGAAAAAAAACCUUUAACCAGGCCGAGGAUCAAGGGCUCUUCUCUUAUUUGAAGUCGAACCAAAAAAAAAAAAAGCGUGCGGUUGUUUUAAAGCUGGUGGACUGCAACACACGCCGAGGACCGACACGUUAAACUCCAGUUUCCUGAAGACAGGAAGUGCGCAAAUAAAGCGCGGACGUCUUCUGUUUCGAAGCCGUUUCUCUCACUUUCUCCCACACUCUCUCUCUCUCGCGUUUGUUUUUUUAAAUAACCUUUAAUACUGACAAAUGGAAAUUGUUACACAAUGAACUUGACACCUGAAAUGUAAGAUGGGUAUUGUUUCCCCCCCCACACACACACACACACACACACACACACACACACAGAGGCGAGCAGAUGAAAUGAUGUUUUUACCCACAUCUGUAUAGAUUAAUGUUAAUCCAUUUCAGCUGGCUGGCUUUUCUUCUAACUAAUGCUAUUACUACACCAAAAUAUUUUUUUUUUGUUUUUUUUUUUUAUUAUUAUUAAUAAUAAUAAUACAUUUUUUUUUCCUCUUCCUCCCUUCCUCCUUUUUGUACUCGUCAUCACCGGAUGUCAUUGUACAGAUUGUGGAAUGUUUAAGUGUAUUUCUCUUUUUUAUAAAAUGUACGCGUUUGAUUUUAAUUACUUUUAUUUUGUUUUGGGUUUUUUUCCUCCUUCUUCUUCUCUCCUGACUUGACUCCACUCAUGAGCUUCGGAGUGUUUGUAUUUUGUAUUUGUAAUGUUGUUGAGUUUGAUUCUGGGUUGUGUUUUUUUUUUCUUUUCCCUCUCUCUCUAUCUUUUUUUUUCUUUCUUUAAAUCGGCUGUUGUGUCCGGUGCAGUGAAACCUGAAGCUUAUCUGCGUAUUUUCUGGAGACGUUUUUAGAAACCCGACAAAUAGGUGAAAGGUUACGGCCGCGUAACUCUCGCAGGUUUAGCAGAGUGUUUGUUCGCUCCCCAGGAGAUCCAGCCUGCCAGCAGCUCCGACUCCUCCCAGCAGCUCGGGGCUCUUUUCUGUCCUUGUAAAAAAAAAAAAAAAAGUACAGCUGCUAAGCGUGCGAUGUUUUCAUUCCUGGAAGCUGUCGGUCGUUUACGACAUCUUUCUGCAUGAGCAGACAUGUUCGCCGCCCGCACGCACACGCGCACAUCCCUGAUAUCCUGGAAUUGUGCCACAUUGCUGGAAUUUCUCAGAGCGUCUCACCUGAGACAGACUCGAGACUCAUAUCCUGUUUACACAUCGGGCUUUCACACUGCUCACAGGUCAGGGUUUAUCCAGUAGCCCAAAUCAAUUCAUUUAACCAUUUAAAAACUAAACGAGGAACAAAACAGGAAGCUGGACAGAGUGAGACGAUCUACAUCCUAGACGGACCCCCGUAUCCGUGUAAACACACCAAUAACAACAAAAAACACUCGAUCUUGUGACGAGGUCGAAUUUCACUGCACCGUAAACAAACACAGCGAUUUUUGUGGUUUUUGUUACAUAUAUUUUUUUUUUCCCCUUCUAGAAUUGUAGUGUAUCCCUCGUUCUCUCUCUCUCUCUUUCUCCCUCCCGUCUUUUCCGCCUCUGUAUCCCUCCUCACUCCUCCUUUUCUCUACCUCUCCCUUUACCUCUCUUCUGUUCUCUCCAUUUCUCUUGUAUAUAAAACCCUGCCAUUUUCAGACUUGUUAGUCUGGUAUGAACUCCUUUUAUACCUCAACUUUAGAACUGUUCUAGUAAGAGAAAGAAAAAAAAAAAAGAAAAAAACAUCAAAGGAAAUAUGAGAAUUGUAGUGUUCCUUAUUAGAAAAUCGAAAACUAAUAAAAUAAUCUAGUGUGCUUUUGA